ACUUCGUCCCGGGCGACGGGGACAAGCAGGACCACCCCUGCGCGUUCGAGGUGCCGCUGCGGGGACAGGGCGUGAAGCUCCGGGACGUGAGGGCGAGGUUCCCGCUGCCCGGCACCUACCACUUCCGCUUCCGCAUGCGCUGGGAGCCAGGGCGCCUAGCGUGCAGGAGGAGGUGGAGAACGAGGAGUCCAUGGUCCCCGUGGCAGACGACAAGAUCUUUGCCAAGGUUCUGCGGCUCACCUGGGGCGACCGCGGGCCUUCGAGCGCACCAGCCCCGGGCGCACAGGCGAGGCCGCCGCCCCCGCCCGGCGCGUCCCAGGCGCCGGCGCCGGCGCCAGCGGCGCCCGCCCAGCCGGCACAGGACAUGCUGGACUUCGACAGCGCCUUCGGCGCCAGCGGGCCGAGCGGCGCGGCGGCCCAGGCUCGCUCGUCCGGCGACUUCGACAGCUUCUUCAGCUGAGAGUUUUGCUCCGCGCGCGUUCGCACAACUCCUCUGUCAGCUCACAGCGUCGGGGGUGGCCUCCGUGUCCUUAUCGAAGUAAACUCAGCGACCACCCCCUGCUGCUACCAUACUUCCCAUGGAAUUGACAGCUCGACGAUACGAAUCAUGUUGCCGAGCGGCAGUAUCUGCUCCCACGAUUCGUGCCCUAGUGUGCUAGCUAUUGCAUGUGGUCUCUCUGGCAGCCACUUGUGCUGCCAAUCGCCGUGCAUUGCAGCUGCUCGGCCUGAGCCUUUCGCAGUAUCGAGGACUGAUAUGGCGGAUCACCGAUUGGGCUGAGUAA